GCCACUCGCCAUAUUUCGAAUCGGCAGUUUCGCGCCGGACGUUUCGCGCGACGUUUCCUCGUCCGACGAGUGUACGCGCGCGCGCGCGCUAAUCCGCAAACGCAAUGCGCCGGUAACUGGAUCUUCGGUUCGUCGUCACGGCUGUGCACAUCGUUAGUUCGGGACUGUUGAAAACUAUAAUAUAAUUACCCGCAACUAUACGACGUGAUGUAAAAAAGCAAGAGGAAUCUCUCCAUGACUUUACGGCAAAUUUUUUAUUCAAUUCGCGAUCCUGACUUCGUCAAGUGGCAGAGCCAGAUAUUAAUCAUCACGCAAGCGGCAUUGAAUGCACUCGUAUAAAUUUCUGCUUAGUCAUUUUUUGUAAAAAAAUAUGCAAAGAGUGUCAUAAGACAUUCUGUUUGUUGUACUGCGUGGACGGAUCCUCUGAAAUCUGUGAAUCAUCCGCGAAAGAAAUCCUCACUGGCGGAAACCUAGAAUGUGUCGCUAGAGAAAGAUUUUCUUCCCUUUUGGUGUUUUCUUUUAAAGCGCGCAUAGUUACCGCGUGCAUGAGAAUUUGAUUUGUCCAUGGAACAAACACACCGUGACAGUAUACGUGGCGAAAUAGUAAUUUAUACGACACAAACCGACGCAAAAAUCGAUCGGUGCCGGCCUCCUCUAUCGCCAGUUCGUCAGCAAUAUCGCCGUUUUAUCGGCGCUUACUUAACGGAGGUCACAAGCUAUUUGCAGUUCCUAUAGGAUGACGAAUCCGCUCAUGCGCAAAGAAAGGUGCGGCUUUGUAAUGCGCCGAAAGUCGCUACACGUUUUUGAUUUUGCAAUUUUUGCAACAUUUCCCUAACGCAUUCGAUGCGUGUGGGAUACUACUUGCGACAUCACUGAGCCGAAGAAAUCGCCGCGCAAAAGCGAAUAGAAGAACGCCUCGUGGGUAAAGUUAGAUUUCCGUACCUGCAAGAGAAAAAAAGAUGUUUACGAUCGCUCACACGAAAUUACGUUGGAGAAACCCGGAAUCGCGCGCUCCGUAACGCUUUCUGAGAGCUACGAGCGCGUUUCUUUUGCAGUCUUUUGCGGCUUACGCGUUAGUGAAUCAUCUGAUCGGAAUCGUCAAUUAGAUCGUUGUACUCAUUUCUAUCUCACGUCUAGUCUCGAAGUAUCAUACUUAAUGGCUUGCUCAAGCUCCGGUUAGGAUUGAGGGAUCAAAGUAACAUACAAACAAAUAUACGCGAGCAGAAUCGACCGUAAUGUCGUCAAUGCAAUCAAUUUUAUAAUUUAUGACUCGUAUAAUUUAACUUGAGUCACGCGUAUUUGUGUACGUAUCACGUGUAUCAUAUGUAUUCGAGGUAGAUACCGAUGGCACGAGUAUAUUUCUGAAAGGCAAUAUGAAAAGCACAAUCGCUAUUGUAACAAUUAAUAACAAUUAGUAUGCGGAAUGCGGUAUCGUUUUAUUUUUCGCGAUAAAUUAUUCAGUAAUUUUGCACGCACAUUAUUGUGUUUACAUCCUAAACUAUUAGGUUUGCGUUUGCUAUUUCUAAAUUCUAAUUCAACUCCGAAAUGAAAAAAGUUUAUGUUUAAAAAAAAAUUAAUUGCGUAACAGUCGCUAUCUGUUCUUGCAUGCAUAUUUAUAAAUGUGUCAUAGUAGUGACAUAGAUUAUAGCAGACCGUUUAAGUAUUUGCGAAACGCAAAGGAUUAAAGUGCACUUGAUUUGUGUUGCGAUAACGAUACGGAUAUAGGUUUACAAACAUUUACUUCACGCGGUAUUUUAGCGUCAUCUAUUUUGCGAUCGCUCUUUGUGCGCGUCGCCUCGCGCUUAUGGCCAGCUUAAAAAGGAAUGCGCAAAUCGCACACACUUGCAAAAAACCGCACCAAGGUUUUGCGUUUCUAGAGCGAGGCACGAUGCUUCCGCGCCCGCGUCGCCAUUGUUCAGCGAUAAAAAGGCCGGAUGAUGGACAUCUGGCAAUUUUCUACGCGUCUGUAGAUCGGUCACAGACUGUUAAUAAUAAUAUGUUAUACUCGUGUGACAAACUCGGAGUAUAAAUAUUCUACCCGGAUACACAUGCGAUGCAAAAUGCUCCAAUUUGAGCCAAAAAUUUAUUAAAAUUAUUUACAUGACUCAAAAAGAUAUCGGAAUAUUAGGAAUAUCAUUUAUAUUUAUUAUUUAUAUAAUGCUGCACAAAAAUUGGAUAUUGAAACAUAUUCUUUAUAAUUCUCAUUUUUCGAAAGUCUCAUGAUUAUUGUUCCUUCAAAUAUUCCAGCAAGGUGCACAAGACUUAGUAAAAAAGCAAUCAAGAAGCUUUAUACAGUUACUGCAGAAUUCCAAAUUUGCAAAUAUAGAUCUGCGGGCAUCGCGAUCAUUUAUGUAUUCAAGUGCGAAAUGCAUGUAAAUGCCUUGCAUCGUCUAGACGAUACACUCGGGACACGUUCGUCGAUAACUGCCUCCGCCGUCGGCGGCCUGCGGACGAUCUUGAGAUAUCUCGCGUGGUGGACCGCGGAUAGUUUUUCGGACAGACGAGAUCACAAUAGCGCGCGUGCAAAGGAGAACACGAAGCGGUGAGUCAGCGAGUCCAGUAACCGGCUUCGCUCUCCUCUCUCUUCUGCGGUCUCUCUCUCUCUCUCUCUAGCCCAAGACCCCUUGGCAAGCUCUCUCCGUUUCUUUUUCCUCUCUCGCGGGUAGUUCCCCUUGCCCUGCUGUUUCCCAACACUGACACUUUCGAACGGAUCGGCGGCGAGGAGCGUCCAGGUGACUCUUCAUUGCGUGCAGUUCGCUCGAACGCGCAGGUGCAUCUUGCCUCGCGAUUUUCCUCCAACGAUUAGCCCCGAUCGGGAGAAUCCGACGGAGAAUCAGCCACGAGGAUCUACUGCCCUCUCCUCCUCUCCCCGGGACUACAUAAGGCUCAUCUCGUGUACACCAUCAGUUACACGUAUUCAAAAAGAUGUCCGAGUACUGUGAAUACAUGUGGGACUCCACGCGGGGUCACACCAGCUCCGCUCUGGCGCGUAGCAUCUACGAGGAAGAGCAUAGAUUCGACAAGCGUGACAAAAAGCUGGCCAUCAAAACUGUCAGGGCGAUACUUCGGGAAAUGCCGGAUGUGGACCUGAAGCAUUGCACGGACGAAUAUAUUACGCGCUUCCUGCUGGCCCGGAAGUACCGUACUGAACAAGCGGCAGCCCUGAUAGGUGCCUAUCAGGCGCAAAUAACGCAUCGCCAGGACAUCUUUGGCAAUCUCACCGCUCGAGAUCCUGCUUUGCAACGUGCGCUUCGAGCGGGCAUACCGGGCGUCCUGCCCGCGCGAGACAGGAAAGGCAGAUGCGUGCUGGUUAUUUUAGCAUCGCAGUGGGAUCCCAUAGCCGUACCUGCAUUGUCCGUUCAACGCGCUAUCUUCUUAGUACUGGAAAUACUUAUUCAAGAUCCACGAAAUCAGCAAUCCGGUUUCGUCGCUGUGGUGGACUGGAGCGGAUUCUCAUUACGUCAGGGCGGUGCACUAGGCGCAGCGGCUCUGCGAAACCUAAUAACUGCUUUACGUGGGCGAUUUCCUGCUCGAUUCAAGGCGAUACACUUCCUCUCGGCGCCGUUAUACGUCCAGGCAACCCUAGCCCUGGUGAAGCCGUUUCUGGAUGAGAAGACGCGAAACAAGAUUUACCUGCACGGCAAUAAUCUCAGCACUCUCCACGAGUAUUUGCCGACGGACAUUCUGCCAGCGGAGCUCGGUGGAACAGGACCAGCCUUCAACCCGGGAUUAUGGGCCGAGCCGGUCAUCCACGCGGCGAUGAAAGAAGCCGAGAUCGCCGCCGCCACCGCUGCUGCCAAAAAAGGAAAGGAGCAGCAGCAGAAUGUCGAUGCGAACGCGCGCGUGCAAGAACCAGCCAACCUUCAGGACCAAUCGAAGACAAACGAUGGAUCGAACGUCUUGACAGACUUGGACAAAACAUCCUUGAAUAAUGCCGGCAGUAAUCCCGCGAAGUGUCAUUCUGGAAAAACGAUACGAGCGGACGUAGAACUGAACGUAAUUAGUAAGCGAUCGAACAAUCGGGAAAAAACGACAGAAGUUGCCAACGACAAUGAACGAUUCGUACACAUUGAGCGAGACAAUAACGAAAACGUAGACGCAACGCACCGCUCCGACGACAGAACGGAUCAUCAGCUCAAAAGGAGCAGCGACGACUUGACGUUUCUCGACGUGGAGGCGAACUCGAGCGAAUUCGAGAUCAUUCCCAGCAGAUCGGGCAGCGAAAGCAGCAAGGACAACUCACUGGACAAUAGAUUGGAAGGGAACGCUCUGAUCGCCGGCAUCAACGGUGAAGCGCCGUCCGAGGAAACGAAUCUCAUAACGUAACGCUGAUCUCUGUAGACUUAGGUAACUUAUUGACAGAAACCCGUCUCCUCUUGCUGUAGGAACUUUUUUACAAGCCGUGAAUCUUCGAAUGGCGACUCGAACAGUCUCGAAAUAUUGUAAUUUUAUAUAUAUAUAUACAGGGUGUCCCGGGUUUUAACCGACAAACUGCGGGAGCAUAUUCUA